AUGGCUUCUUUGUCGGUCUCUGAAAUCACCUUCCUUACCUUCCAAGCAGUCGUACAGGUUGUUUUAAUUUGUUCCUCCGGUUACUGGGCUUCGAAAGUUGGUCUGCUGGGAGAAAAUGGUCAGAAAGUUCUUUCCAGGCUGAACGUGGAUCUGUUCACGCCGUGUUUGAUCUUUACCAAACUUGCUUCUUCACUGUCGGUGAAAAAGCUGAUUCAGAUCAUCGUCAUCCCCAUCUUUUACGCAGUCACCACUUUAGUGUCUUUUGUAUGCUCCAAAGUGGCUUGCCGGGUUUUCCGUUUCAACGGUCCUGAAUCUGGCUUCGUUACGGCAAUGUCGGUGUUUGGUAACUCAAACUCCUUACCGGUGUCACUGACCGUGGCACUGGCCUACACGUUGCCCAAUCUCAGCUGGGAUGACAUUGAAGAUGAUACUCCAGAUAAAAUUGCCUCCAGAGGAAUCUUGUAUCUUUUGAUUUUCCAGCAGCUGGGACAGAUGCUCAGAUGGUCCUGGGGCUACAAUAAGUUAUUGCGAAAGAGGUCUCCGGAAGAGCUGGAACACUCAGAUUUCGAUAAAGCCGGUGAUGAAGAGCAACGUUCUUUAAUGGAUGUUGUUACAUCCACUAUCAGUAAUGGAAUGUACGCGGCCACAGACAACUAUGUAAUUGAUGAUGAUGAUAACGAUAAUGAUACCAAAACGAACUACCUCCAUACCGUCGUGUCUGAGAGUCCCUGUUCAUCAUCUUCUGUUUCCAACAAGACCCAGGUUGAAACGAUAUCCAUUUUGAAUAAGUCGUUUACUUUGAAAGAAAAACUUGUAUAUUACACAGGUGUAUUCACCGGUUUCAUGAAUCCUCCAUUAUAUGCUAUGCUGCUAGCAGUUUUCGUGGCAUCGACGCCGCCAAUUAGAGACGAAUUAUAUGAGAAUAAUGGAUUUGUUCAAAAUACCUUGGGUUCUGCCGUGAGGCAGUUAGGAUCUAUUUCCAUCCCUUUAAUAUUGGUUGUUCUGGGUUCCAAUCUUAACCCUUCUUCCAAUGUUGCGCCUCCCUCAAGGAACUACGGAAAGAUGAUAUUUGCUUCCUUAUUGUGUCGUAUGAUUCUACCUUCGUUGAUACUGUUGCCAUUGAUCGCAAUCUGUGUCAAGUAUUUGGGAGUAUCCGUCUUGGGAGAUCCUGUAUUUCUUAUCGUUUCGUUCAUUCUAACCGUUUCCCCUCCAGCCAUUCAAUUAUCUCAAAUUUGUCAACUGAAUGAGUUAUAUGAAAUGGAAAUGGCGGGGGUUCUGUUUUGGGGUUAUGUUAUUCUGACUUUACCAUCUACCAUCUUGAUCGUAGUUGGUAGCUUAAAAGUCUUGGAGUGGUCCCAAUAA